AUGGCAUCAUCCGGAUCGUCGUCAUCCUCCAGGCCUGCUUCGCAGCCUGGUGCCCCUGAGCAAGACCCGGCAGGACCGAAGUCACAACUGGACACUCUCAUCUCCCAUCUAGUAGCAGCCAAGAGAUCACUUUCGUCUAUUUACCAUGUAUCACGCGCAAAUGAGAUUGUCAACACAGCCCGUUCAGCCCUGGAGGAGAGCGUGGUUGUGUCUGCGAGGACAGGCUUCCUCCGACGGGGUCAGAAGAACCAGAUUCGGUUGUUGUACAACGUUCGUGCUGAAGUUGAGAACAUCUCCCAUCGCGGCCGUGCCGAAUUUGCAAGCGUUUUGAAGGAGCUGGACGCUGCAGAUGAGCGUCUUAAACAAACGCUAGAUAAACUACGUGAAACAGUAGUUCACCCAGCAUUCCGUCCCGAAGGCGAGGAGCCAAAGACCCUCCACGAUUUCGUGGACGAGCGCGGUGUAGAAGAGCUCGAGACAAUGCUGAAAGGGGCCAUUGAUCGCACCAAGGCGGCCCAAGCCCAGCUAGAUUCUUCCAGUGACGCCUUUGAUGACGAGCUUCGUUCGCUGCAACAGGCCCUUGGACGGUAUCGUUCAGCCAUGGAGCUCGCAUCCUCGCGUUCAUCGACCUCAAUGUCAACAUCAUCGCCAGGAGCGUCAAAUGCCGCUCUUUCCUCCCCGUCAUCCAUCCCAACCAUGCUGCGGUCCCUCGAAUCGCACGCGCAGGAGAUGGCGGACUUGCUUGAAUCUCUGGUCCACCAUUUUGAUCGUUGCGUGACUGCUGUCAAGCACACUGAGGGUGGCGGCGCCGCAGCGCGAUCAAUCACGGGCGAUAUGCCUACUGGCGUCAAUGUGGGCGUUCAGGUCGGAAAUGAUAUUCAGGAAGGCGGCGACACAAAUGUCAACGAUCCUCUGGAGCCAAUGACCGAGCAGGACUACCAAGAGAUGUUAGAAGUCAUAAAUAAAGACGCAGCAGAGGCCGAGGAUGUCGUUCUAGAGAUCCAAGACCGGAUCGCAGAAAUGGAGUCUAUUCUAGAGAAUGUGCUCGCCCAGCGAGACGCGACGGUGGCUGUCUACAACGCCACGACGGAGAUCUUUGAGCAUCUCUCGUCACUCGCGUCAACCCGCCUACCUGAAUUCAUAGCCCAGGCACACACCUUCACUCGGAUAUGGAACGAGGAACACGAGCGAAUCAGGGCGGGCAUGGCGGACCUCUACGACCUUCGGUCUCUCUACGUCGGGUUCUUGGAUGCCUAUGACGGGCUCAUCCUCGAGGUCUCUCGGCGCAGACACGUGCGGCAAGGGGUUGAGCGGAUUCUACGGGAAGCCAGAGCCAAGUUGGAUCAACUCUACGAGGAGGAUGUAAACGCACGAGAAGCGUUCAGGGUAGAACAGGGGGACUAUUUGCCCUCUGAUAUCUGGCCCGGUGUUGGGCGAGGACCGAUGAAGGUCAAAUUCGUUCGCGUGCCUGGCGACAAGCUGGAAGGGGCAGCAGGGCAGGCCGAAGGUGAGCCUUCCGAGGAGAGUAAAGGAGCCAUUGGGGAUGAGGGCGGUGAUGGCGGUGAUUACAUCCCCGACCUACCGAAACAAGUUGUGGAAGAUGCAAUCGCACGGCUAAAAGCUCGAGCAAAAGGGGCCCUAGUGUGA